AGCAAGCGCCAAUCAGGUAGUUGGAAGCGACGUCCCAGACAGGCGGGAAGUGGCCGUCGUCGAGAGCAGCGGCGUGGCGGUUCCGGCAGCACGACGGCGUACGGAGGUGAGCACAUAAAGUGUCUCAAAGGAAAAAAGAAAAAGAGACGACGAGGCCUCUGAAUCUCUGUUCUACUGUUCGUUGAGGCGCAAGAGCUUCCGGGGUGCAUUUUUGGCUAAAUCCAUGUCGUGCCGACGCCAUGGUGUUUGUUAUUGCAUCUUUGAAAGUUCACCUUCGCAAAAAGAAGUGCAAUGGAUUUCCAUUCCAUCCCUAUUCUUGGUGAAUUUUUGGCCUCCUUUUUCGCCCGUUUUGGUCCAGCUUUUGAAGCAGAUCAUCCGUAACCGGUCGUCGCCGAAGCGGCGGUGUGAAGAGCACGAGGAAUGGGGAAGAAAGGGAAGUGGUUUGACGCCGUGCAGAGGAUCCUGAGCACUUCUGAACCAGAUCCCGUGGAGGCGGAUGCUAAGGUAACAUUGCAACAGCCCGAAAGAAAUCAUCGUUCGAAGGCGGCGAAGCUGAAAGACAAGCCGAGCUUCAAGAAGAUAUGGCAGUUCGGCAAAUCGCACCCGUCAGGUGCUUCCGCGUCCGCCGCGCCGGCGCCGGAUCCGGCGGCCCAUCAGCCUCAACCGGCACCGUCGCCGCGGCCCGGUCAGCAACAGGCCGAGGAGACCACCGCAGAGGCGCAGCGCGCGGAGACAAGGUGCGACGACGGCGGCGUGCGUCCGGCGGAUGGGGCUUCAAAGGCUGGCGACGACGCCGCCGACGCCGCAGCGGUCGCCCGCCCCACGGUCACCACGCCGAGGGCGUGGGCUGCGCGUUCGGAGGAGGACAUCGCCGCCACCAGGAUCCAGGCGGCUUGCAGGGGCUAUAUGGCAAGGAGAGCGCACCAGGAGAGAGGGAUGGCUCGGUUGAUGUCGCUGGUCGAGGGGUUCACCAUCAAGCGCCAAACCGAGGAAGCAUUGUACUGCAUGCAAACGAUGACGAGGAUUCAGACCCAGAUUUACUCGAGGAGGCUCAAGACGGAGGAGGACAAGAAGGCCCUCAAGAGCCAGGUCAAGGUUAAGCAGAGCCUGGACAUAAUAAAGAAGAUUGGUGACGGCUGGGACCAUAGCCUUCAGUCCAAGGAGCAGAUGGAAGCCGUGCUGAUGAUGAAGCAAGAAGCCGCUUCAAGGCGACAGCGGGCGUUGUCGUAUGCAUUUUCUUAUCAGUGGAGGAACAGGAAACCAUCUUCCGCGCGAGCUGCGCCUGCUCCGAUGUUCAUGGACCCGGGCAACCCGAACUGGGGCUGGAGCUGGACGGAGCGCUGGAUGGCGGCUGCGAGGCCGUGGGAGAACCAGACCGCGGCGCCGGCCGAUGGCCGCGCCGCGGCGAAAAGCGCCAGCCGAAUGCCUCGAGUGGCCGUCUCGAUUCAGAUACCCACGACAACGACGCCAGGGAGCAGGUCCUUCCGCCCACCGAACUGGCCGUCGCUCCCGUCCCCGUCGACGCCCCCGCCGCGGUCGCCGUCGCUCCCGGGGAGGACGGCAGUGCCGUCGAGCCCCAGGAGCAGCACGCUCCACGCUUCCAGCGGCCUGCAGCGCACCAAGAGCAUGCAGCCGGAUGGCCGGCCGCGGAGCAGCCAGGAGCUCUCGGUGAGCAGCCCGCGCCGCGCCGCGCCGUCGAGCCCGAGGGGCGGCGGAAGCGGCAGCCCGCUCCACGGUUCCAGCGGCAUGCAGCCCCAGCGCCGGCCGCGGAGCAGCCAGGAGCUCUCGCGCCGCCCGCGGAGCAGCCAGGAGCCCGGGGUGAUCAGCCCGCGCCCGGGCGCCAAGGUCACCCCGCUGCGGCGCACGACGAGCCUGCGGGCGGAGCUCCCGAGAAGGCUGAGCCUGGGAAGCGCCACCGGCACCGGCACCGCCGCCUCGCCCGCCGGAGACGACGCGGGGACCCCGGUGACCCCCAGCUACAUGCAGCAGACCAAGUCCGUGAAGGCCAAAGCCCGGUGCGCGAGCCCGUCGGCGUCGUCGGCCGCGGCGGACGUGUUCGACGACGCCCCGGGCAGCGGGCCAGCGCCUCUGCGGAUGCCGUCGCCGUCUUCAGCGAGGAAGCGCCUGUCCCUGGAGUUCGCGGACAAGCCGAGCGCCUCGUCGCCGAGCAAGGUGGGCGCGGAGAGGAUGAUGAGACGGCAAUCGCAGCCUCCGAGCCCCAGGAUGUCGUCGCUUCCUGAAGCGAUGUAGUAGAGGAGAGACGGGUGGAACAAACCAGACCAGGUGUGUG